GGGCUGGAGCUGAACGUGGCAAAUGGCUGCGAAGGUGUUUGAAGGCCUCGGGAAGCUUGGCCUGGGCUUGGCUGUGGCAGGUGGAGUUGUCAACUCUGCUCUCUACAAUGUUGAUGCAGGACACAGAGCUGUGAUCUUUGACCGGUUCCGUGGGGUGCAGGACGUGGUGGUGGGGGAAGGCACCCACUUCCUCAUCCCCUGGGUGCAGAAACCCAUCAUCUUCGACUGCCGCUCCCGGCCCCGCAACGUCCCCGUCAUCACCGGCAGCAAGGACCUCCAGAACGUGAACAUCACAUUGAGGAUCCUGUUCAGACCAGUCACUGCUCAGUUGCCAAGGAUCUUCACCAGUAUUGGAGAGGACUAUGAUGAGCGUGUGCUGCCCUCAAUCACUACUGAGAUCCUCAAGUCUGUUGUGGCUCGUUUUGAUGCUGGAGAACUGAUCACCCAGAGGGAACUAGUCUCAAGGCAAGUGAGUGAAGACCUCACAGAGAGAGCAGCAACAUUUGGGCUCAUCCUGGAUGAUGUGUCCUUGACCCACCUGACCUUUGGCAAGGAGUUCACAGAGGCAGUAGAGAUGAAGCAAGUGGCCCAGCAAGAAGCAGAGAGAGCCAGAUUCAUCGUGGAAAAGGCUGAGCAGCAGAAGAAGGCAGCAGUGAUCUCUGCUGAGGGGGACUCGAAGGCAGCAGAGCUGAUAGCCAACUCCCUGGCCACGGCAGGGGAUGGGCUGAUCGAGCUGCGCAAGCUGGAGGCGGCCGAGGACAUCGCGUACCAACUGUCGCGCUCCCGCAACAUCACCUACCUGCCCGCGGGACAGUCUGUGCUCCUGCAGCUGCCACAGUGA